CGCUUCGUAGCCUGCAGUCUUUCGAACUUGCUCAAUCGCGAGUCACCUGCUCUUCCUUUCCCCAUUGUCUAGAAUUCUCCCCGCUUCCACCGCGUCCCCAACCCCCGCCUGGCAGCCAAACGUCAUCUCAUUGAGAGCAGCACUCACACACACACAUACAACAAUGUACAAACCAACGUUCGCUGACGGACGGUUGUCGCUGGCGUUUCACGAGCUGGACGACGUUCCAGCCAAAGUGGCAGCGAAAUGGGCGCCCAAGACCAAAGAGCUGGACGUGAGUCACAACAACCUCAGGGAUUUGCGAUCGCUCGAGCUCUUCCGAGACAUCCAUACGUUGGUGCUGGACGACAACAAGUUGCCGGCGCGAAUCAAAUUCCCAAUCUUCCCGCUGCUCAAGACACUCUGGAUUAACAAGAACAACAUUGCCAACCUGGCUGAAUUUAUCGAGGGGGCGUCCGCUAGCUUCCCGGAGCUCGAAUACCUCAGUAUGAUGAACAAUCCAGCGGCGCCGAGCUUUUUCAACGGCGGCACCGUCGAGCAGUACAAUGAUUACCGCCUGUUUGUGAUUAGUCACUUUCCCCAACUCAAGACGCUCGAUGACACGCCGAUAUCAGACCAAGAGCGCGCCAGCGCGAAAAAAGUAUACGCGCGGGUCGCGUCCAUGACAAAGCUCAUGCGCACGUCCAGCAAGCCAGUUCUUGCCAAAGAUCGCGAUGCCGAUACAUUUUCGCUCAUUGGAUCGUAAUCAUGGAUCAUGACGUUGGAACGUCUUGUGCAGUUUGUUUGAGUUAUAAUUGCUUGCAUGAGUGUUUCAAAGCUCAAGAUGAAAAAAAGUUUCAGGAACA